AUUUGAGACAUUAUUUUAGGCCAUCACUAAAAUAUUCCCCACAGCCGGUGAGUCACUGGUGGAUAUUUGCAGUGGUCAGUUCAAGGCUAAAAAGGCUGUUUUGCUUUCAGUAAUAUUUAACUGGUUCUGGCCACAUCCCACAGUGCCCGUAGAAACUGCUGCUGUAUUGACCGUGGGAACAUGAUUUACGUUUAACUCGUCUGGAAUGCCGUAUAACUCAUCCUGGAAUACUCAAGAUAUUUUCUGUACUGUGUCCUUGCUGUGCAGAACAAUGGCCUGACUGUUUCACUGGCAAUAUGCAUGGCCACAUCCUCCAGCUGUGUGUAAUCCAAGCUGUAGCCUCUUUUAUCCAUCUAGAACCCAAGAACGUUACUGUGUUACGAGGCAGUCAGGUCCGCUUUAACUGCAGCACCGAUGAAUCCUGGGAUGUCAUGACGUGGCUGUUGGGUGGAAGGACAAUCCUCACUAUUUCGGUGGAACAUGGUCCUCUGGGUAGAGAUGAGAGUGUGUCCACAGUCAAUCACUCCAUGUCAUCUCUGUCACUGUGGGAGUUAGUUCUGAUGAACGCUUCCUUCAGCCUAACUGUGCAGGAAGUCACAUGUGAACUGCUGCCAACGAAACCCGGCAGAUCGUCAUCAGCCCUGUUCGUACAAGAAAAAGGAAAUGUCAGGAUUUUGGAGACUGAUCAGUCAGCUGAAGAGGGAAUGCUUGUUAUCUUCCACUGCCAAGCGACUGGCUGGUAUCCGGACCCUUCGGUGUCCUGGGUGGUCAACGGCACCACUGUGGACAGGGGUGACUACAACACCAGCAGUCUUCAGGACCCUGACGGCCUUUUCAGCUCCUCCAGUGUGCUUCAGAUGACAGCAGAGAUGAGCACUUGGGUGGAGUGUUGGGCUUCUGUGUCUGCCGCUCGAGCCCACCAGAGUAGCAGUGUCAAGCUGACUGUAGUGGCACCGGAAACUCCACAGGACUACACCGUUGUGAUCGCUGUGAUAGUGUCAGUGUGUACCAUCAUUCUUCUGGCAGUGCUCAUCCUUAUCUUGUGCUACAGAAAAAAAGUGACAAAAUCGAGCUCUGAAAAUAAAGUCAGCCCCUCUUUGUGGACUGUCAAUUUAAGCAGUGGGAGGUGGUCUGUUGCUGAUGAAACCAGUGGAAAAGUUAACCUAGGAUACCACACUGAAGACGUAACAAGUUUAGGACACCAUGACCUCAGGAACAAAGCCGGCGACACGACAAACAUCAUCAGUCCUCCGCGGGUUCCUGAUAUCAUCAUUUUCCGCUCUUCAGAUCAGAAAAAGGAGGACUUUUCUAACUUAUACUACAAGGGAGGAAAGACAGUCCGAAGGGUCACCACUGUUUGACCUCAGGAUCAACCCCGCAUCAACCACCUGCUGCAAGAAGAAACUAGCUUUCUGUUCACAAAAAUUCAGCCAUAUUAAAUCAGCCAUAUCAACACUGCAUAUGAGAGUUUAUUUGCAAAUUUUUUAUUUAUUUUUUCUUUCAAAAAGUGUUUUUUUCACCCAUGUUUUUAUUGUGUUUAAUUAUGUCAGUUAGCUAAUAAAAACAACCCAACUGCAAUCUGAUUGAGAUUAAUCGGAAUGCAAAAGGAAAAAAAUAUUUCUGAGAAUUUUUUGCAAAUAAACUCUUCAUAUGUUCUUUUUCAUAGUCAACUGAACUGGAUGUGAUUAUUUUGUACAUUAUACAAAUGAAAAUAUUUAAGUUA